CGUUGUUUCACUUCCGAGCAAAGCAGGACGUUUCUCUGACCAGUGGCUGGACAUAAACUCCUCAUCUACUUGGAUGCGUGCUGACGGACUGGAUGUUUGACGAUGGCUUUAUCUUCUCACUGAGUGUAAUGUGACUGAAUCUUUGGAUACAGGCACAUUAAUGCAGUUUUAAUGCAGAGUGUUUAACUGGAGCAACAGCUGCUGGACCAACUGUGUUUAGACUUUAAGAUGUCGACCGUCUCUGUGCUCCUGCUGCCGUUGCUCCUCUACUCCCUCCCAGCAUCCUCAUCUCCUCUUGCCAAGGAUCAGUCGGUGUGUGCCAGGACUUUCUGCGGUGCAGGCAGAGAGUGUGUGUCCACCGACAGAGGAGAGCCAGUGUGCCGCUGUUUACAGCAGUGCGACGCUUCAGAGCACUGGGUGUGUGGCAGUAACAGCAAAUCCUACAGGAAUCACUGCGAGCUGCACAGAGACGCCUGCACCACCCAGACCAAGAUACAUGUGGAGCACAGUGGACACUGUCUGGGGAAACCAGCAAAGGCAGACGUGAGCCCCAUCGUGUGCUUCCUGUCGGACCGUGAUUGGCUGAGAGAGAGGGUGAUCCAGUGGAUUCAGAGAGAGGUGGAAUUGGAGCACGAGGCCUCAAACGCCUCAACAGCCAACAUCCUUCUGCAGACCUAUUUUAAGACGUAUGAUGACGGGGAUUCACAGCUCGACUCUAAGGAGUUCCUCUACUUCCUGAAACACAAUGAGACGGCUCUCAACCUCACGUACUCUAACACUCUGGAGACUAACCUGCUGCUCAGGUCUCUGUGUGUUGAUGCUUUGAUAGAGCUGUCAGAUGAAAAUGCAGAUUGGAAGCUGAGUUUAUCCGAGUUCAUCAACUGUCUGACUCCCGCCUACCAUCCACCAGAGAGAAAGUGUGCUCUGGAGGAUGAAGUCUUUGAGGACGGAGCUGAAACUCAGAUGGAGUGCAACAAGUGUGUGUGUGCCUGUGGAAACUGGGUCUGCACUGCUUUGACCUGCAACGGGGAGCAUCAUAUAGAGGAGGGCUCUCAGGAGGGAGGAGAGGAGGAGGAAAUGACAGAGGAGGAGUGGAGCAGGAGGGUGGCUGAACUCAACGCCAUACAGCAAACCUUCAACAAGGAAACCUGAGGCCAAGCCCACUUCACCAACACCAAUUAGCAGCUGAGUUGAAUUUAUAUAUAAAGGGAAUUUCUUACAACUUUAGAUUUAUAUGAUCAUAUAUAUGAUCAUUAGCUGUUAUUACCUCAUAUAACUGUCACUACUACGUAUGAACCAGUAUGUCUGUAGUCUGUUUUUGAUUUUAGUAUUUUUCAUAUGUGUUUUAGUUUAUGUCAUAGUUUUAAUUUCAUUUUACGUGGGUGCAGAACAUGUACCAUAUGAACCACUUGGCCAUUUGCUUUAGUUUUUGCAGUGUGAUCUAGAGCAACUUUUUAGCCCAUUCAUAGACGAGAGGCUUUACAGUGUUCAUUGUCAGUGAUGUUCAUGUGGCCUGUCCUCAAGACUUUUCUGUAUCAUCUAACUUACACUGCAAGCAGUAUUUUAUUUGUUUUUUGACGCCUUAUCAGAUUGAUUCAUGGUUUUCUCACUAAUCAGAUACCGAUGUUUAAAUGUUUGUGUUGUGAAGUUGCCAUGGAUUUUCUUUGUUAUGCAACUGCUUCUUUUACGAAGACAUUACUGUAAUGCUGUAAUACUGUAAUAAAUCUCAAAAAUAACAAAUGGAAA